ACAAGAUGGCGGCUGAAGGCGAUCCGGAGUGGGGCCCCAGCAAUUCGGAUUGAGCCUUCUCCCUCCACCCGCUUCCGCCGGCCGGGCCCCUCCCGCCCGGCCCCGCGGGCCUCCCCACCGGGCCCCGGCGCCCCCCACCGCCACCCCUCCGCCCGCCCCUCCCCCCUCCGCUUUCCCUUCUCCCCCCGCCUCGGCCCCGACAUGAGGGGCCGGCGGGGCAGGCCCCCCAAGCAGCCCGCGGCUCCCGCUGCGGAGCGCUGCGCCCCGGCCCCGCCGCCGCCGCCGCCGCCUACGUCCGGACCCAUCGGGGGGCUCCGCUCGCGGCACCGCGGCAGCAGCCGGGGCAGGUGGGCCGCCGCCCAGGCUGAGGUGGCGCCCAAGACGCGGCUGAGCUCGCCCAGGGGGGGCAGCAGUAGCCGGAGGAAGCCGCCGCCGCCGCCGCCGGCCCCCCCUAGCACCAGCGCCCCGGGCCGGGGGGGGCGAGGAGGCGGGGGCGGCAGGACGGGGGGCGGGGGCGGCGGCGGCCACCUGGCCCGGACCACCCCGGCCCGGAGGGCCGUCAACAAAGUGGUGUACGAUGACCACGAGAGUGAGGAGGAAGAGGAGGAGGAGGACAUGGUCUCCGAGGAGGAGGAGGAGGAGGAGGACGGCGAGGCUGAGGAGACCCAGGAUUCCGAGGACGACGAGGAGGAUGAGAUGGAAGAGGACGACGAUGACUCCGAUUAUCCGGAGGAGAUGGAAGACGACGACGACGACGACGCCAGUUAUUGCACGGAAAGCAGCUUCAGGAGCCAUAGCACCUAUAGCAGCACUCCAGGUAGGCGAAAACCGAGAGUACAUCGGCCUCGUUCUCCAAUAUUGGAAGAAAAAGACAUCCCACCCCUUGAAUUUCCCAAGUCCUCUGAGGAUUUAAUGGUGCCUAACGAGCAUAUAAUGAAUGUUAUUGCCAUUUAUGAGGUACUGCGGAACUUUGGUACAGUUUUAAGGUUAUCUCCUUUUCGCUUUGAGGACUUUUGUGCAGCUCUGGUGAGUCAAGAGCAGUGCACACUUAUGGCGGAGAUGCACGUAGUGCUUUUGAAAGCAGUUUUGCGUGAAGAAGACACCUCCAAUACUACCUUUGGACCUGCCGAUCUGAAAGAUAGCGUGAAUUCCACGCUGUAUUUCAUCGAUGGCAUGACGUGGCCAGAGGUGCUGCGGGUGUACUGUGAGAGUGACAAGGAGUACCAUCAUGUCCUUCCUUACCAAGAAGCAGAGGACUAUCCUUAUGGACCAGUAGAGAACAAAAUCAAAGUUCUGCAGUUCUUAGUCGAUCAGUUUCUUACCACAAACAUUGCUCGUGAGGAGUUGAUGUCUGAAGGGGUGAUCCAGUACGAUGACCACUGUAGGGUUUGUCACAAACUCGGGGAUUUGCUUUGCUGUGAGACCUGCUCAGCAGUGUACCAUUUGGAAUGUGUGAAGCCGCCUCUCGAGGAGGUGCCAGAGGAUGAGUGGCAGUGUGAAGUCUGUGUAGCACAUAAGGUUCCUGGUGUGACUGACUGCGUUGCUGAAAUCCAAAAAAACAAACCAUAUAUUCGACAUGAACCUAUUGGAUAUGACAGAAGUCGGAGGAAAUACUGGUUCUUAAACCGAAGACUCAUAAUAGAAGAAGACACGGAAAAUGAAAAUGAAAAGAAAAUUUGGUACUACAGCACAAAGGUCCAGCUUGCAGAAUUAAUUGACUGUCUAGACAAAGAUUACUGGGAAGCAGAACUCUGCAAAAUCCUAGAAGAAAUGCGUGAAGAAAUCCACCGGCACAUGGACAUAACUGAAGACCUGACCAAUAAGGCUCGGGGCAGUAAUAAAUCCUUUCUGGCGGCAGCUAAUGAAGAAAUUUUGGAAUCUAUAAGAGCCAAAAAAGGAGACAUUGAUAUUGUUAAAAGUCCAGAAGAAAUAGAAAAGGAGAAGAAUGAGACUGAGAAUAAUAACUCCAAAGAUGCUGAGAAAAGCAGAGAGGAGUUUGAAGACCAGAGUCUUGAAAAAGACAGUGAUGACAAAACACCAGAUGAUCCUGAGCAAGGAAAAUCUGAGGAGCCAACAGAAGUUGGGGAUAAAGGUAACUCUGUGUCAGCAAAUCUUGGCGACAACACAACAAAUGCUUCUUCAGAAGAGACUAGUCCCUCUGAAGGGAGGAGUCCCGUGGGGUGUCUCUCAGAAACCCAUGAUAGCAGCAACAUGGCAGAGAAGAAGGUGGCAUCUGAGCUCCCCCAGGAUGUGCCAGAAGAACCUAACAAGACAUGUGACAGCAGUAACACUAGUGCUACCACUACCUCCACCCAGCCUAAUCUGGAAAACAGUAACAGCAGCAGUGAACUAAAUUCUUCCCAGAGUGAAUCUGCUAAGGCAGCUGAUGAUCCUGAAAAUGGAGAAAGAGAAUCUCAUACACCUGUCUCUAUUCAAGAAGAGAUAGGUGAUUUCAAAUCAGAGAAGUCUAAUGGGGAAAUAAGUGAGUCUCCUGGAGGUGGAAGAGGAGCGUCUGGUUCAACUCGGAUUAUCACCAGGUUACGGAAUCCAGACAGCAAACUGAGUCAGCUGAAGAGCCAACAGGUGGCAGCCGCAGCCCACGAAGCAAAUAAAUUAUUUAAGGAGGGGAAAGAGGUACUGGUAGUUAAUUCUCAAGGAGAAAUUUCACGGUUGAGCACCAAAAAGGAAGUGGUCAUGAAGGGAAAUAUCAACAAUUAUUUUAAGUUGGGUCAAGAGGGAAAGUAUCGCGUCUACCACAAUCAGUACUCCACCAAUUCAUUUGCUUUGAAUAAGCACCAGCACAGAGAAGACCAUGAUAAGAGAAGGCAUCUUGCACAUAAAUUCUGUCUGACUCCAGCUGGAGAGUUCAAAUGGAAUGGUUCUGUCCAUGGAUCCAAAGUUCUUACCAUAUCUACUCUGAGACUGACUAUCACCCAGUUGGAAAACAAUAUCCCUUCCUCCUUUCUUCAUCCCAACUGGGCUUCACACAGGGCAAAUUGGAUCAAGGCCGUUCAGAUGUGUAGCAAACCCAGAGAAUUUGCGUUGGCUUUAGCUAUUUUGGAGUGUGCAGUUAAACCAGUUGUGAUGCUCCCAAUCUGGCGGGAAUCUUUAGGACAUACCAGGUUACAUAGAAUGACAUCAAUUGAAAGAGAAGAAAAGGAGAAAGUCAAAAAAAAAGAGAAAAAACAAGAAGAGGAAGAAACAAUGCAACAAGCUACAUGGGUAAAAUAUACGUUUCCAGUUAAACAUCAGGUUUGGAAACAAAAAGGAGAGGAAUACAGAGUAACAGGAUAUGGUGGUUGGAGCUGGAUUAGUAAAACUCAUGUUUAUAGGUUUGUUCCUAAAUUGCCAGGCAAUACUAAUGUGAAUUACAGAAAGUCAUUAGAAGAAACUAAAAAUAAUAUGGAUGAAAAUAUGGAUGAAUCAGAUAGAAGAAAAAGUCCACGAAGUCCAAAAAAAAUAAAAACAGAGUCUGAUUCUGAGAAAGGCGAGGUAAAAGAUUCAGAUGCUACAAAAGGAGCAGACCAAAGUGAAAUGGACAUUUCAAAGGUUACUGAGAAGAAGGACCAAGAUGUAAAAGAAGUUUUAGACUCUGACAAUGAUAAAUCCUUUAAGGAAGAACCGAUGGAAAUAGAUGAUGAUGUGAAAACAGAGUCACAUAUAAAUUGUCAGGAAAGUUCUCAAGUAGAUGUGGUCAAUGUCAGUGAGGGUUUUCAUCUAAGGACUAGUUAUAAAAAGAAAAUCAAAUCAUCCAAACUAGAUGGACUUCUUGAAAGGAGAAUUAAACAGUUUACACUGGAAGAAAAACAACGCCACGAGAAAAUGAAGUUGGAGGGUGGAAUUAAGGGUAUAGGAAAGACCUGCACAAGUUCUUCGAAAAGUCUGUCUGAAUCACCAGUAAUAACAAAAGUAAAAGAAGGGUGUCAAAGUGACUUGCUUACACAAGAACAGAGCUCUAAUGCAAGUAAUGAUAAAUCUGAAGACUUGAUUCGGGGAUGUUCACAAAAUGAUUCCUCAAUUCUUGGAAUCAGUGAUCCUGAUCAUACAACAAACAAACUUUAUUCAAAAGAUCAAAUGCUAGAUGAUGCCUCCAUUCAGAGCGCAGAGACAAACUGUCAGAAACAAAAUUCUGUUCGAAAUGACGUAAAUGAGAGUCUCUCUGACCCUGCCAGUAAAGGCCAGGAGCCCAGUAAGAUUAAAACAAAAGGAAGUGAUUUUCUCAUUGAUGACGCUAAACUAGCCAGUGCAGGUGAAAUUGGUACUUUGAUCUAUAAGAACAAAAAACCACUCAUACAGGAAGAUAAUGACACCAUUGUGUCUCCUUCCCAGAGCCCUUUACUUCCAUCAGUACCUAAAAGUACUGAUGAUAGAGAUAUCCCAUCUCUGUCAAAAGCAAUAGACUUUGAAGGAAAAUUGGGAUGUGAUUCUGAAUAUAAUAGCACUUUGGAAAAUAGUUCUGAUACUAUGUCUAUUCAAGACAGCAGUGAAGAAGAUAUGAUUGUUCAGAAUAGCAAUGAAAGUAUUUCUGAACAGUUAAUAACUCAAGAACAAGGUAGUGAAGGCUUAGAACCAUUGAAACAUGAGUUUGUUUCAGAUAAGACCACUGGAAACUGUGGCGACAGGCUGCAGGCUAAGGUAAAUGAAGCAAAUGGUAAAAAAACAAGUCAAGAUCAGAAAUUAGAGGAGAGACCACUUAAUAAAUGUAUCGAUCAAAUCAAUCUGAAAAGUGUCACUGACAAAAAGAAUAAUGAAAACCGAGAGUCUGAAAAGAAAGGACAGAAAGCAAGUACCUUUCAAAUAAAUGGAAAAGAUAAUAAACCUAAAGUAUAUUUGAAAGGUGAAUGCUUGAAAGACAUUUCUGAGAGUAAAGUAGGAAGUUGUGACAUUGAACCAAAGGUUAAUAAUAUAAAUAAAAUAAUUCCUGAAAAUGAUACUAAGUCUUUGACUGUUAAAGAAUCUGCUGUAAAGCCAUUCAUGAAUGGUGAUGUCAUCAUGGAAGAUUUUAAUGAAAAAAACAACUUGGAAACAAAAUCAUGUUUACUGAGGUCUUCGGAUACUGAAGGCGACUACCAAGAUCGCCUGGAGACCCUGCCAUCAACCAAACAGUCUGAGGGUACCCAAGCUACCACGCCUCUACCAUCUUGUCCAGAAAGCAGCAGUUCAGCCAAUCAAGAAGAAGACAUGGAAAUUGAAACCUGCGAAGUUAAGAAAGUUACUUCGUCUCCUGUUACUUCUGGAGAGGACUCUAACUUCAGUAAUGAUUUUAUUGAUGAAAAUGGCCCGCCCACCGACAAAGAUGAAAAUGUCAAUGGAGAGUCUAAAAGAAAAACAGUCAUCACAGAAGUCACCACCAUGACGUCCACAGUAGCCACAGAAUCAAAAACCGUAAUUAAGGUAGCAAAAGUUGAUAAGCAGACUGUGGUCUCUUCCACAGAAAAUUGUGCCAAGUCCACUGUCACAACCACCACUACAACGGUAACAAAGCUUUCCACGCCCUCCACAGGCAGCAGUGUGGACAUAAUCUCUGUGAAGGAGCAGAGCAAAACUGUGGUCACCACGACAGUGACAGACUCACUGACCACCGCAGGAGGCACUCUGGUAACAUCUAUGACCGUGAGCAAAGAAUAUUCCACAAGAGACAAAGUGAAACUCAUGAAGUUUUCAAGACCCAAGAAGACUCGUUCAGGUACAGCUCUGCCAUCGUACAGAAAGUUCAUCACCAAGAGCAGCAAGAAGAGCAUAUUUGUUUUGCCCAAUGAUGACCUAAAAAAAUUGGCCAGAAAAGGAGGAAUCCGAGAAGUCCCUUAUUUUAAUUAUAAUGCAAAACCUGCCUUGGAUAUAUGGCCAUAUCCUUCUCCUAGACCAACCUUUGGUAUCACUUGGAGGUAUAGACUUCAGACUGUGAAGUCCUUAGCUGGAGUGAGUCUUAUGUUGAGGUUACUGUGGGCAAGUCUGAGAUGGGAUGACAUGGCAGCCAAGGCUCCUCCAGGAGGAGGGACUACACGGACAGAAACAUCUGAAACUGAAAUCACAACAACAGAAAUAAUUAAGAGGCGAGAUGUUGGUCCUUAUGGCAUUCGAUCUGAAUAUUGUAUCAGGAAAAUCAUCUGCCCCAUUGGAGUUCCAGAAGCACCAAAAGAAACACCUACGCCUCAGAGGAAAGGCCUUCGAUCGAGUGCAUUGCGGCCAAAGAGACCAGAAACGCCCAAGCAAACUGGCCCUGUUAUUAUUGAAACCUGGGUAGCAGAGGAAGAGUUGGAAUUAUGGGAGAUCAGGGCGUUUGCUGAGAGAGUGGAGAAAGAAAAGGCACAAGCAGUUGAGCAACAGGCUAAGAAACGAUUGGAACAGCAGAAGCCUACAGUAAUUGCAGCUUCCACUACUUCCCCAACAAACAGUACAACUAGUACCAUCUCUCCAGCACAGAAAGUUAUGGUGGCCCCCAUAAGUGGCUCAGUUACAACUGGCACUAAAAUGGUACUAACUACUAAAGUUGGAUCUCCAGCUACAGUAACAUUCCAGCAGAACAAGAACUUUCAUCAGACCUUUGCUACCUGGGUUAAGCAAGGCCAGUCAAAUUCAGGCGUUGUUCAAGUACAGCAGAAAGUCCUGGGUAUCAUUCCAUCCAGUACAGGUACAAGUCAGCAAACCUUUACUUCAUUCCAGCCCAGGACAGCAACAGUCACGAUUAGGCCCAAUACCUCAAGCUCUGGAGGAACUACAAGCACUUCCCAAGUAAUCACAGGGCCUCAGAUCCGCCCUGGUAUGACGGUGAUUAGAACACCACUCCAACAGUCAACACUAGGAAAGGCAAUUAUUCGAACACCUGUGAUGGUACAGCCAGGUACUCCUCAACAGGUUGUGACGCAGAUCAUCAGAGGGCAGCCUGUUUCCACUGCGAUCUCUGCCCCUAGUACAGUUUCCUCAACACCUGCACAGAAAGGACUAACUUCAGGAGCACCCACUGCAAGUCUACAGCCUUCAACCUCACAGCCCCCUCGCCCCCAGCAAGGACAGGUGAAGCUUACCAUGGCUCAACUCACCCAGUUAACACAGGGCCACGGUGGCAAUCAAGGUUUGACAGUAGUGAUUCAAGGACAAGGCCAAACUACUGGACAGUUGCAGUUGAUACCUCAAGGGGUGACUAUACUUCCCGGUCCAGGACAGCAGCUGAUGCAAGCCGCAAUGCCAAACGGUACCGUCCAGCGGUUCCUCUUCACCCCACUGGCAACAACGGCCACGGCAACCAGCAGCACCACCACCACUGUUUCCACUACAGCAGCAGGUACAAGUGAACAAAGACAGAGUAAAUUAUCGCCCCUGACACAGGUGCAGCCAGCCAAGAGCCUGCCUCCAGCUCAGCCGUCGAGCAUGAGUCCUGCAGAAGCCCAGCCUCAGACUGCUCAGCCCGCACAGCCCCAGCCCCCAACCCAACCCCCGUCCCCAGCUCAGCCUGAAGCCCAGACCCAAGCAACUUCUGCCUCCCACGUCCCUCCUGAAGCACAGCCCACCCAAGCACAGUCCUCCAAACCCCAAGGUGCAGGACAGUGUCAGCCUCAGAGUAAUGUCCAAGGACAGUCUCCUGCUCGUGUCCAGAGUCCACCACAGACUCGAAUGCGUCCAUCAACUCCAUCCCAAGUGUCUCCUGGACAGCAGUCCCAGGGUCAGACUACAGCCUCACAGCCGAUUCCAAUUCAGCCACACACAUCUCUUCAGCCACCUUCCCAGGGCCAGCCACAGUCACAACCCCAGGUACAGUCUUCAACUCAAACUCUUUCAUCAGGACAAACGUUAAGCCAAGUUACUGUUUCGUCCCCAUCCCGUCCUCUGCUCCAAGUACGGCAGCCUCAGCCCCAAGUCCUUGCUGUGCCGCAGCUGCAACAAGUCCAGGUUCUCUCCCAGAUCCAGUCACAGGUUGUGGCUCAGAUACAGGCUCAGCAAGGUGGUGUGCCCCAGCAGAUCAAACUCCAGGUCCCCGUUCAGAUGCAGCAAAGCAGCCCUGUGCAGACUCAUCAGAUUCAGAAUGUGGUUACAGUGCAGGCAGCCAGUGUGCAAGAGCAGUUGCAAAGGGUUCAGCAACUCAGGGAUCAGCAGCAAAAGAAGAAGCAGCAACAGAUAGAAAUUAAGCGGGAACACACCCUCCAAGCUUCUAAUCAAAGUGAAAUCAUUCAGAAACAGGUGGUGAUGAAGCAUAAUGCUGUAAUAGAACAUUUAAAACAGAAAAAGACCAUGACUCCAGCUGAAAGAGAAGAGAAUCAAAGAAUGAUUGUCUGUAACCAGGUGAUGAAGUAUAUUUUGGAUAAGAUAGAUAAAGAAGAAAAACAGGCAGCAAAAAAACGGAAGCGAGAGGAGAGUGUGGAACAGAAACGUAGCAAACAGAAUGCCAGCAAGCUCUCUGCACUGCUCUUCAAGCACAAAGAGCAACUCAAAGCCGAAAUACUGAAGAAGAGAGCACUGCUAGACAAAGACCUACAAAUUGAAGUGCAGGAAGAGCUCAAGAGGGACCUGAAAAUUAAGAAGGAAAAAGACAUGAUGCAGGCCACAGCUGUCGCUGCCACCUCCCCCGCCGCAGCACCGGCACCUCCAGCCCCUCCGCCUUCCCCGCCACCUCCACCCCCGCCACAGCACUCGGGCCCCCUAGCCACGGCCACGGCCACGGCCACGCUGCCUGUGGCUUCCCAGAAGAGGAAGCGAGAAGAGGAAAGAGACUCAAGCUCCAAGUCGAAGAAGAAGAAAAUGAUCUCUACUACCUCAAAGGAAACGAAGAAGGACACAAAGCUUUACUGUAUUUGUAAAACGCCUUACGAUGAAUCUAAAUUUUAUAUUGGCUGUGAUCGGUGUCAGAAUUGGUACCAUGGGCGCUGCGUUGGCAUCUUGCAAAGUGAGGCAGAACUCAUUGACGAGUAUGUCUGUCCACAGUGCCAGUCAACAGAGGAUGCCAUGACAGUGCUCACGCCGCUAACAGAGAAAGAUUAUGAGGGUUUGAAGAGGGUGCUGCGUUCUUUACAGGCCCAUAAGAUGGCCUGGCCUUUCCUUGAACCAGUGGAUCCUAAUGAUGCGCCAGAUUAUUACGGUGUGAUUAAGGAACCUAUGGACCUCGCCACCAUGGAAGAAAGAGUACAAAGAAGAUAUUAUGAAAAGCUGACAGAAUUUGUAGCAGAUAUGACCAAAAUUUUUGAUAAUUGUCGUUACUACAAUCCAAGUGAUUCUCCUUUUUACCAGUGUGCAGAAGUUCUUGAAUCAUUCUUUGUACAGAAAUUGAAAGGAUUCAAGGCCAGCAGGUCUCAUAACAACAAACUGCAGUCUACAGCUUCUUAAAGUUCAGCGUGUUAACCUAACAUAAAACACAGCAAGAAUCUGGUUGAACUGUUUUAAAUUAAGGAGCCAGAUGUUUUUAGUCAGGUUAUCCUGACAAGACUUGACCUAAACUUCGUUUUUAUUGGUCAUAACAGUCCAAUUAUAUUCUUGGCCAAUUUUGUCCAACGGACAAGGGAAAAGCAAAGUCAACGACACCAUUAUCUUGUCAAGAUCAAAUGGUUUUACUAUUGUGGCAGAAGCGGGAAAACUUUGUUUAUUGAAGAAAAAAAAAAGAAAGAAAGAAAGAAAAAAAGAUAAUAUGGGGUCAAGUGUAACUCCAUGGAAAUGCCACGUCUGCUCUUCAGUGAAGAAGCUGGUUUAGAGUCUCACAGAAAACUUUCAACUGUAUUUAUUUAUUGUUGCAAAAAAGACGCUUUUUUAUUGCUGCCCUCAUUUGUCAGCUAAUUAUUUUUUCUUAUAAAAUCCAGCCCGGUUACAUGUAAUCCAUUCUGUAUCUUAUCAUGAUUCCUGUAGGUAAAAGUACAAGACGACCUCUAGAUGUCUUUUCUUUCUAUGAAAGGAGCUGCUAUGUACACAUGUGCACACACACACAACUGGGAAUCAACAAUGAGUUUAUUGUUCAUAGUAGAUAAAAAUUAAGCUUGCAUAAAGGUUGGGCUAGUGGUCCUGGACUACAGACUCUGUUGCCUUGAAUAUAACAGUACAAUUUGUCAUUUACUCUGCACCAGGUUAAAAUGAGUAAAAUCUAUUUGAAGGUAUCUUGUUUGUAAACAUUUGUCAGAUUCUAAUUUUUUUUCUUUUUGUAUUAAAAUUCAAUUAUGGAUGUAUAUGAAACAAAAUAAAUGGAGAUAAUUUUUCUCCCACAGACGGUGUCUUUGAAUGUGC